CAGCACAGUAUAGCAUUGACAGACGUAAAGAUUUUUUCGUUUUGCAGUAUAAUUAUGGUAUUUGUGGGCGGGGACGCAGGAUGGCACACCUGAGAUAGUUUUAGCAAAAGUAAUUGUAAAUUAAAGUAGAAUGCUAGAAAGUCGAGGAUAUUAUCCAGCUGAGCGGGAACAGUUCGAUCGCAAUAUCGACUUCGCCAGCGAUGAUCUGCGCUCGAAAUCCCUCCACGACCGCUUCUCCGCUGGUUGGCUGCGCCAGGAAGUGGGUUUGCGGAGUAAAUGGGACGAACAUGACACGCGGAUGCGGCUGCGGGAUCGCGUUGACCACGUGGAAGCGGUGCGAGCACGCCUGCUGGAGGCGCGCGAUCUGAUUGAAAAGGAUGGGCAGCUAGUGACCGAAGCUAAGAAUGGUCUGGACAAAGGUUUGACGGGGCGUUACGAUCUGAUUAUGAAUGUCAAUGGCGAGUGCCGGAAGCUGUGCGAUGCUCGCCAAGGGAUUAACAACGUUCACGACGAUGUGGAAGAUCAGUUGCGGAUGGAAGCCGAGUUAGCCGCACAGAUUCGGCGAGAACUAAACAAAAAGAGUCUUGAAUGUUCUAAAUUAUUGGAAGAAUUUAUGCACAUGAAAAAUCAGCUGGAAAAGGAUGUUAGCGAUAAGAAGCAGGCCAUGGAUAUCGAUCAAGCACAGCUGGGAUUAACAACUGCCUCCAGCGGUUUGUCACUCAAACCGGACAUAUUACGUGUGCCGCCAGCGAUGGUAACAAUGCGCGUCUGGUUGGAGAAUAGCGUGGAGAACUUGCGACUGUCAGCGAAAAUCUUAGAUAAAGCCCAUCAGCUACGGAACGACAUUCUGGCGCUGUGGUCCAAAGUGGAGAAUGAAUUCGCCGCUAAGAUCUACGCGACUGAUUAUGCUUACCGGAAGCGGUAUAACGACACACUUUUGGCAGCCCGCAGACUGGAACAUAACCGGCAAAAUCUGGCAGACGAAAUUAAAGCCAACGAGAACGACAUUGAGGCAACUGAAACAGCCUGGCAGAACAUGAUUCCUCAUAUGCAAUUAGCCCAUACAAGAAUUGAGAAUCGCAAUCAAAGGCCCAAUUACGAGUUGGCACUUGACCCUCCGCAUGAGGGCUUAGUACUCGAAGCGACCAAUUUAGCGCAUUCGCGAGAAGCACUUUUCAACAAAUUAAAAGAAUUGAGAUCGCGCUGGAAUGACCUCACAGAACAGCUUCACCGAGUGGAGCUCGAUCUAGAACGGAAAACAAAAUGCCUGGAAAUGGACAAACGAGCCAUGACGCUGCGCGAAACAACGUUUUCCCCUCACGCCGAAAAAGAUGUUUCAGACUGGAUCACCGAUCGGUCGAGCAAAGUAUUUGCAAUGGAUCCCGAACAGCGUUACCGCAAACAUGUUCCCAAAAUCUUGGUGUAACAUUUUGAUUGUUAAAUCUAUUACAAAACAGUUGAGAGGGACAAUGGGUAAAGCCCUCCAAGACUCUGUUGCGAGUCUGCAUUCGAUUCGUUAAAACAAACAUAACACCCAGGCAGCCACAAAAA